AUGUCGAACGCAGACAUACAAAUUACUAAACCAGGCAACACAGCAGAGCUUAUAGAAAAGUCAAGAAGAUACAGCAGUACUUGGAGAUGGGAGAGUGCUGUGCUGGGCAUUGGAUUCCUCUUCUUCCUCCUCAGCACCAGAUCCGUCAGCAAACGGCGACCCAAGCUAUUUUGGAUAUCGGCGGUGGCACCUUUGACAUCAGUCAUUCUCGGAAGCCUUCUCGUUUAUCUCACACAUGCCGAGAAACACGGCGUUCAAGUGAUAGGAAGCUUGAAGAAAGGGUUGAAUCCACCGUCGUUUGGGGAUUUUGUAUUUACUUCUUCGUAUUUGUCAACAGCUGUGAAGACCGGCGUCGUUGCCGGCAUCAUUGCUCUGGCCGAAGGAAUAGCAGUGGGAAGAAGUUUCGCAAUGUACAAACACUACCACAUCGAUGGGAACAAAGAAAUGGUAGCUAUUGGGACCAUGAACAUUGUUGGUUCUUGCUUUUCCUGCUAUCUCACGACAGGGCCAUUUUCUCGGUCGGCUGUGAACUUCAAUGCAGGGUGUAAAACGGCGAUGUCGAACGUUAUCAUGGCGAUUGCAGUUAUGUUCACGUUGCUGUUCCUAACACCACUGUUCCAUUACACUCCCCUGGUAGUGUUGUCCGCCAUUAUCAUGGCUGCAAUGCUUGGUCUUAUCGAUUACGAGGCUGCAAUUCAUCUUUGGAAGGUCGAUAAAUUCGAUUUCGUGGUGUGUACCGGCGCGUUCCUCGGUGUCGUUUUCGCAAGCGUGGAGAUCGGCUUAGUCAUAGCGGUUGCAAUAUCUGUGCUGAGAUUGCUUCUGUUUAUCUCGAGACCGAGGACCUUUCUUCUCGGAAACAUCCCGAAUUCCACCAUCUACAGAAACGUCGAGCAAUAUCCGACUACAAACAGUGUUCCUGGGAUUCUUAUACUCGAGAUUGAUGCUCCAAUUUACUUUGCUAACGCAAGCUACUUAAGAGAAAGGAUCUCAAGGUGGAUUGAUGAUGAGGAAGACAGGCUGAAAUCUGCUGGGGAAACAAACUUACAGUAUGUUAUACUUUACAUGAGUGCUGUUGGCAACAUUGAUACCAGUGGAAUAAGCAUGCUUGAAGAAGUGAAGAAAACUACUGACAGAAGGGGGAUCAAGCUUGUAAUGGCUAACCCUGGAGCGGAGGUGAUGGAGAAACUGAACAAAUCAAAGUUCAUAGAAACGAUAGGUGAAGAAUGGGUAUAUUUGACAGUAGGAGAAGCUGUUGAAGCCUGCCACUACAAGCUUCAUACAUGCAAACCAGACUCCACCAAUGAGGAAUUGCAGAUGUGGAAUAAUGUGUAAAGCUUAAUAGAUUUUUUGAUGUACCAGGAAGAACAUGAUUUUUCUUCUUUUUUUUCUUUUAAAUUAAAGGCCUUGUGCACCCGAGAAUUAGGACGCAUAGUUUAAUUAAGCUUUAGAUGCUUCAAUCGGAAGUUGGAGGCCUAUUUUCCCUCUUCCAAAAAUAAGCAAGUUGUAGAGUGAUACAUAUCAUGGCAAUGAAAGUUCAAAACAA